AUGGCAUCCCAACACAAGGUGCUUAUGCUCGGCGCCGGCUUCGUCACAAAGCCGACUCUGGACAUUCUGAGUGAAUCUGGCGUUCAGGUUACUGUCGCCUGCAGGACCCUCCUGACCGCCCAGCAGCUCUCCGCCGGCGUCAAGAGCGCCCGGCCUACCGCCCUCGAUGUCAACGACGCACAGGCCCUCGACGCCGCCGUCGCCCAGCACGACCUUGUCAUCUCCCUGAUCCCCUACACCUUCCACGCCAAGGUCAUCCAGUCCGCCAUCCGCCAGAAGAAGCAUGUCGUCACCACCAGCUAUGUCAGCCCGGCCAUGCUGGAGCUGGACGCCGCCGCCAAGGAGGCUGGCAUUACCGUCAUGAACGAGAUCGGUCUCGACCCCGGUAUCGACCACCUGUGGGCCGUCAAGACCAUCGAGGAGGUCCACCAGGCCGGAGGCAAGAUCACCUCCUUCCUGUCAUACUGCGGUGGUCUCCCCGCCCCUGAGGCGUCCGACAACCCCCUGGGAUACAAGUUCAGCUGGUCGUCGCGUGGUGUGCUGCUCGCCCUGGGCAACACGGCCAAGUACUGGCAGGACGGCAAGGAGGUCGAGAUCGCGGGCAAGGAGCUCAUGGGCGCCGCCAAGCCGUACUUCAUCUACCCGGGCUACGCCUUCGUCGCCUACCCCAACCGUGACUCGACGCCCUACAACGAGCGAUACAGCAUCCCCGAGGCCCAGACCAUCGUCCGCGGCACGCUCCGCUACCAGGGCUUCCCCGAGUUCAUCCGCACGCUGGUCCAGACCGGCUUCCUGACCGAGACGCCCUCGGACGUGCUCUCCAAGCCGACGACCUGGAGGGAGGCCACCAAGGCCAUCGUGGGCGCCUCGUCGUCCAGCGAGGAGGACCUCAAGAAGGCGAUCCUGUCCAAGGCGACCUUCAACUCGCCCGAGGAGGAGAGCCGCAUCCUGUCCGGGCUGGCGUGGGUCGGCAUCUUCUCGGACGAGCAGAUCACGCCCCGCGGCAACCCGCUCGACACGCUGUGCGCGACGCUCGAGAAGAAGAUGCAGUACGAGGGCGAGGAGCGCGACAUGGUCCUGCUGCAGCACAAGUUCGGCAUCGAGCACGCCGACGGCCGCAAGGAGACGCGCACCUCGACCCUCGUCGAGUACGGCGACCCCAAGGGCUACUCGGCCAUGGCCAAGCUGGUCGGCGUGCCCUGCGCCGUCGCCGUCAAGCAGGUCCUCGACGGCACCAUCACCGAGAAGGGCGUCCUGGCCCCCAUGAAGUGGAGCUUGUGCGAGCCCAUCCUGAACGAGCUCAAGAACAAUUACGGCAUCAACAUGGAGGAGAAGACCAUCCAGUAA